UGUGACGUUAACUGUUUUUCCAGAACAGUCCUGAGGGUCAGUGUUCCAGUAAAUCGAGUCCCUUUUAUAAUCUAAUGAGGUCCCGGAAAUAGCACCUGUGUUUGAGACGCAGUAGUUCAUCUAGGCCAUUAGAGGGCAGCAGUGCGCUGGAGUAGUGCUGCUAAAUCCCUCGAAGAAGACCCCAUCCCUGAAGUGCAGCUCUUUCCACGUGUAUUGGACCACGGGCUCGUGUUUUAGUGCUGAAUGUAGCCCUCCUACAUAAAGCAAGAUGGUGGAGGUGUUCAGCAGUGACGCUGAGAGAGUGCUGCAGCGCAGUGUUGACGUGAACCUCAGUGAAUCAGGCAGCCGGCCUGAAGAUCUACACGGGCUUUAUCAGAUCAGCGAGACCUGUUCGUUUAUCACCAGUAACAAUUUCAAAAAGGUAGCUUUGCAGUUUCCUGAUGAACUUCUGGUUGAUUGCGUUGCAGUCGCCGCAGCAUUAGAGAGGGAAACCAAAGCAAAGACGUAUAUUUUAGGUGACACCACCUAUGGCAGCUGCUGUGUGGAUGAAGUGGCCGCCGAACACGUCGGAGCCGACUGCAUCGUGCACUACGGCCGCUCGUGUCUCAGUCCGUCCACACGUCUGCCCCUUACGUAUGUGUUCGGGAAAAGACCCAUUAAUGUGCAGGAGUGUGCCACGUCGUUCAGGGAACUCUACCCUGACCGUGAGACUCACGUGAUCGUAUUGUAUGACGUCACCUACUCACAUGCUAUAGAUGAUUUCCAAAGGCUUUUGGGUGGCACCUACCCCAACACUGUGUUCUCUGUUCUAAGAGCAGAACACUUACAUGGACCUCUGAAAGUUAGCGAUAACCCUGAGGAUGACGGCUCUGUUCGUAAAUUCGGCCGUCGGUUUGGUUUAAAACGAGGAAAGAACGUGGAGGACUACAGGAUGUUCUAUAUCGGUCAAGAGGGACUCACUCUCACAAACUUCAUGAUGACGUGGAACCGCUGCGCCUUCAGUUCAUUCGACCCAGACACGUCGACGGGCCGAGCUGAAUCUAUCAACGUCAACAAAGCACUGAUGAAGCGCUACUACGCCAUUGAGCGGGCGAAGGAUGCCAAUGUGGUGGGAAUCCUGGUGGGCACCUUGGGCGUCGCCAACUACUUGAGCAUCAUUGAGCAGCUGAAAGAAAGUAUUCGCAAGGCCGGCAAGAAGAGCUAUAUGUUUGCGAUGGGCAAGAUCAAUGUACCAAAGCUGGCCAACUUCCUGGAGAUUGAUGUGUAUGUGUUAGUUGCUUGUCCAGAGAACUCCCUGCUGGAUUCUAGCGAGUUCUACAGGCCGGUGGUGACGCCGUUUGAGAUGGAAGUGGCCUGUAACAAGCAUCGCGAGUGGAGCGGAGAAUACAUCACAGACUUUCAAGAUCUGCUGCCUGGAGGGAGCAGUCACGUGGACUUUCCCGAGUCAGAACAGUCGACUAAUGAUGACACAACAGAUGUGUCACUGAUCACUGGAGCACUGCGCGCUUCCUCUUUACGAUCCUCAUCUGAGCCAACAGAUGGUGCGCCAUUGUCGUCUUCAGUUGUGGUCAGGAAUCAGACGCUAACUGUGGCUAACACGAAUACUGCAGCAUCUUUUCUCGCGGGCCGGAGCUGGCAGGGGUUGGAACCCAAGUUGGGGGAAACGCCAGUAGUUAAAGCUGUGCAGGGAAGACGCGGUAUCGCUAUUGCUUAUGAGGAGGAGGGUACGGACAGUAAAGACUACUCGACCUGACCACAGAAAAAAAAAAAAAAAAAGGAAAUUAGAAAAACUUCACUGCAACAUGUUGCAUCAUAUUUACUGUAAACGACGGAGUUGGUGUGUUCGUGUCAAUCCACUGACACUGGAUGUAAGUGUAAUAUGCCAUGUUUAAGCUUUUGUGACUGACGGAAUUAUUUUCCAUAUACAUGAUGAUCAAGAGAAGGUGUUAUUUAAAGCCAUUUUAAAAACCUCAGUAUAAAAAUUCCACAGAAGACAUGCAUAUAAACUAAAAGUACAGAACGGCUUCAACUCUGGGAUGUUGGUGGGUUUCCUCACAUGAACGGCUUGCUUCAGAUCCUUCCACAACAUUUCUAUUGGAUUAAGGUCAGGACUUUGACUUGGCCGUUCCAAAACAUUCCCUUUAUUCUUCUUUAAUCGUUCUCUGGUAGGACGACUUGUAUGAUUAGCGUCAUUGUCUUGCUGCAUGACCCGCUUUCUCUUGAGAUUCAGUUCACAGACAUGUCAGUGUCCUGACAUUUUCCUUUAGAAUAAUUAAGAAGCCAUUGUUUCAUGUCAAGUCGUCCUGGCCCAGAUGCAGCAAAACAGGCCCAAACCAUGAUACUACCACCAUCAUGUUUCACAGAUGGGAUAAGGUUCUUAUACUGGAAAGCAUUUUCAUUUCUCCAAACAUUACACUUUUCAUUUAAACCAGAAAGUUUUAUUUUGGUCUCAUCCGUCCACAAGACAUUUUACCAGUAGCCUUCUGGCUUGUCCAUGUGAUCUUUAGAAAACUGCAGUAGGGCGGCAGUGGUCUUUUUGGAGAGCGGUUGCUUUCUCCUUGCAGCCCUGCCAUGCACAUCAUCGUUGUUCAGUGUUCUCCUGACGGUGGACUCAUGAACAUUAACAUUAUCCAAUAUUAGUUGUUUAGAAGUUACCCCGAGUUCCUUUGUGACCUUGUGGACUAUUUUAAACGUCUUACUCUUAGAGUGCUCUUUGUUGGUCUCCACUCCUAAGGAGGGGAACAAUGGUGUUGCAUUUCCUCCAUUUGUACACAAUCUGUCUGACUGUGGAUUGGUGGAGUCCAAACUCUUUAGAGAUGAUUUUGUAAUCUUUUCCAGCCUGAUGAGGUCCUCGGAAACCUCCGUUGUUCAUACACUUCCACAAACGUGCUGUGAAGAUCAGACUCUGAUAGAUCCCUGUUCUUUAAAAUAAAACGCUCACUCACACCUGAUCGUCAUCCCAUUGACCGAAAUCACCUGACUCUAAUUUCACCUUCAAAUGAACUGCUAAUCCUAGAGGUGCACAUACUUUUGCCUCUCACAAAAUUGUAAUAUUGGGUCAUUUUCCUCAAUAAAUAAAUGACCAAGUAUAAUA